CCUGUAUACAUAUUUGGUAAGGAGGGUGUCCACCGCUUGCUUUUGCCCUAUGUUUGUUAGCAGAGCCAGAUAUCAGCAACUAUCGGGUCUCAGCCUCUUCCCUGUCUUGCCUGGCCUACCUUCCUCGGCCUUUUUUCGUCUGCGUAAUUGAAAGAGAAAGAGACAACAAAAAUAUCUGUACUCCAAUAUUUCCUCCUUAUCAUAUCAAUAACUCGGUAAUCAUGGCUGAGAAUGAACAAUCAAAGCCGCCCACGGUCGUCCAGCGUCUACGCAGAGCGUCAACCUCCGUGACCGGGGUUGUGAUGAACUACAAUCCGCAGCCGGGAAUGUGGGCGGCCACGGGAACAGCAAUUGCAUAUGCACCAACGCUCGGAGAGUUGAGAGAGCCAGUGACUGGCGGAAGAAAUAUUGUUUACAAUGCUCAUGGUCACAGUGCGAGGUCAGCCCCGUCAACCAACGCUGGGUCUACCACAAUUACAACGACCGAAAUUAAGGUUCCGAGAGCGCUGGAGAGGACAGAUACUAUCCCAAAGUCUUCGGCUUCACUCUAUGAACCAACUACAUCCACUGGAGAAGCUGGCGUUGCGGCCGAAGAGAAACACAACUGGAAAGAGACCACUCAACAUGCCCUUGCAGUCGGUUGGAAAUUCGUUAAGACGCCCACCGGAUUUCUCAUGACAAUCUACGGUCUUAACAUAGUCGCCUGGGGUGCCAUGCUGUUCUUUCUUCUUCUCGACGCGGCACCGGCCAUGGACCACCCCAACAAAGACUCGGACGACUCAGCUCGCAAGAAAUGGAUCGAAAUCGACAGCCAGAUCCUCAAUGCGCUGUUUUGUGUCACUGGAUUUGGCCUCGCACCCUGGCGCUUCCGUGACCUGUACUGGAUGGUUCAAGCUCGGUUCCAUCACAACCAACACGCAAUGAUGCGUCUCUGCAAGCAAAACGAGUCAUGGUUCCGGCCUCCUCGGUGGUAUCACGGAGUGGAUUUGGAGAGCGGACAGCAGGAAAGACGAGUCACAUUUACGGGCGAGGUGGCACCGCCAACACGGCUCUGGAAAUUGAGUUUUGUCGUGUGGAUGAUGGUUUACAACACUCUGUUUCAAUGUGCUCUGUCAGGUUUCAUGUGGGGAUAUAAUCGUAUCGAUAGACCUUCGUGGGCUGCAGGGACUUUUAUUGGACUUGGUUGUGGAGUGAGCUUAGCUGCCGGCCUGAUGAUGUGGUGGGAGGGUCGAAAGGUCAAGAAGAUUGAAGGACCGCCGGUGGUCCAUGUUGCAAAAGGAGUAGCCGGAGCUUGCGUUCCUAAUGACCGGGAGUAUGAGACUCUGGUUUAUUUGAAUAAUAUCUGUCAUUUUGCGAGAGAUAGCCAGACAUAUGACCUCACAAACAGGAAAUAG